UACAGACGAAGUUUCUUUGAGAGAAGAAGCGGUGUAUUCGCAAAAUUACACGUUUUCACGUACAUUCGGUACGCUAUGAACAUCAACGUUCCUGGAUGUAACGGGUGGUUCGCAAGCAGACGUUCAGCGAUAAACUAGAGGAUGUUCGCCAGGCUCUGCAGACAGGCUCCAAAUGGGGACCUGAAGAGGCGACACUCUUGGAGCAGCGAGGUCGACAACCAACCGGCGGAAACGGAAGCCGUAGCGACACCGGGAGGUGAUCCCGCUGGCCCAUCCUCGGACGAAGAGGACAGAGCCUCGUACAAGGAACAUGGCUGUUCGGUGCAGACGGUGGACCUGGUGGCGGACUGUCCUUUGCAGGUAGUGACACCCUCGUCGAGGUCGCCGUCACCACCCAGAUCGUCGACGCCCCUCGCACCGCCGAGGAGCAUGGGUCAACGGCCAAGCACCCUGCUGCGCCCCAAAAUCUCUUUGACCUGGGUCUUACGCGGGCAACAGCAACCUGCGUCCAACAACAAUCACUCUACCGCCAAUGGAAACGCAGGUGGAAACGGCGAUCGAGAGGCCUUGUCGCGAGACAGCAAGGAAAGGUCCUCGAAGAGGAGCGUGAAAAGUGUGAAGGAAAAAGAUAGCGGCAAAGAAAACGUUGACGCGGAGAAGCGCGAGAAGAAGAUCCUGCAUAGAAUAGAGAAGAUCGAGAGGACAGAAAAAGUGGAGGCGCAAGAGAAGUCUGUCGAUAAAGAGAUACUGGUCAACGAAAGAUCGUUGGACAGUCCUCUGGAGAAGCAGUCCGAAAAGGAAUUUUCAGGGCUGAAGGAGACGAAGGAGAAGGAGAAAGUUAAGAGGGCAGUGUCCGAACCAUCUCUCGUAUCUCGUGAGUCAACGUCCACGCCUAACGGCCGGGAGAAACACAGGCAUCGAAGGACUAAACGAUCCCACAAGCCCAGACCUCCAAGCAGAUUUGGCUACGAAAUAGCGGAUCUCGAUGCGUACCUCACCAAAGCCUCGAUAGAAAAGCCUGCCAACAUUCCUGUAGUCCUUUCGUUUCCAUCCGUCCUGUACCAGACUCAAGGCGGUACUCAAGAUGAGAUGGCCCUUCCUCUUGGAACAGUCGUAAAUGCGGUGUUCAAGAAUCAAACCUGGUUGUACGUUCAAACUCCACAUGGCCAGGAAGGAUAUGUCGGCUAUGCAGCUUGCCUACCAUUAGGAAUAUUACCACAACCAACCAGAGGACCAUGUUGGGAGGACUCUACAGACGUAUUUCCUCGUCCCUUAGGCAAUAUGACUGAUGCAGAGAAGCUCAGAGACACGAGAUCAGAGUGCGGAGCUCGAGGCAGAAAUCCAAGGGUAAGGCGAGGUUCUAGGGACGCAGUGUCGGCCUGCGGGGAACGCAGCGUCGACAGAUUGUACCUGAGGGCCGCGGCGAACGCUCGUACCAAAGGAUCUCGGCACACUUUGCUCGUCAUACGCAGCGACUACGAAGGUCAAGGUGGCAACGCUCUAAGCGUCUCCAAGGGCGACGUUGUUGCAUUGCUUAGCGAUCACGUUAGUGAUUGGUUCUGGGUUCGUUCGCGAGACGGCCGGGAAGGAUUUAUACCUGCGGUGAUAGCAGGUCACGGAUUCCUAUGACUAUUGCGUUGCUAUUGUCUAAAAUUAGUUGCUCGUUCGAGACUGUUCGGGAAUAAAUCAUUUUUGUAUUAAUUUGUCAUUUAACUUUUCAUCUCCGUUUAAUUUUUCCCGCUAGCUUUUUCAAACAAAAACCGCAGUGCUCUUCGUAACGAGAAUUUGGUUUUCAAUAUUCUGUUAGUCGAAUCUGCUGGUAUUUGAAGAAGAAAUCGCAACUAAUGAACAAAUACCUGUACAUUUGUAAAAAAUUUUACAUCAUAUUUUAUAAAAUGCACAUUAUGUUAAUAUAUUUAUUAAAAACAC